AUGCCCGCUGAGGUGCCUUGCGCUCGGGUGGUGAGCUUUGCCAAGAAGACCUUGGAAGAUGCUGCUGGGAGCAGCAGUGCUGUGGUUUCGUGCCCCGUGGUCAAAGGUUUGAGCAAGCUCAGCACCAAGGAUGCUGAGGAAAGGCUACACCCAAUCUUAGUCCAGAAUGGCUUGAGUUUACCCAUAGAACUCACUCCUCUUUCUGGUGAUUUGGAUGGCUUCCCGCGGCUGAAACCAUUGAAUUUUUUGCAAUACAUGGCAAGCGAAGGCAAACUCAAUCGACUCCUAGGAGGGAGGCAAAUCAAUACUGGUGGCCGGGACAUGCUGGAAGAAUUCUGGCAACGGUACGAAGUUGUGCACCCCGAUUUCAGUUUUUUCCUUGAGGAUAACAAGGUUGACAAAGGUAUGUGCAUACCAGUUUUUGCACAUGCUGACGGUGGCCGGGGAUACAAAAAAUCUGAAUUUAUGGUGUUCAACUGGAGCUCUGCCAUCGGAAGCGGCACUGGCAAAGCAAAUCGCAAAGACAACUUUUCCAGCAGGCCGCUGAAAAGAAGAAAGGGCAUGCAAGUUAAUCUCUUGGGUCACACCUUUGGGACACACUUCAUGUGGGGUGCUGCACCUGCUAUGUGGCACAAAGAUGAUUCGCACUUUCAAUCUAUGAUGACCGCACUUGGGGAAGAUUUAAAAGAGUGCUUUGAUACCGGAGUGUUGUAUCAAGGGCAACGCUUGAGGCUUGUGUGCAUUGGCUUGAAAGCUGAUUUGAAAUUGCAAGCCCGUGCAGCUGGCAGCAUUGAUUUUCCUUUUGAGGAGGUUCAUACUGAGUCCCCUGCGUGGUUCAAAGCAAUGGGGCAGUUUGCAGCCACACCACCUUGGAAAGAUGGCGAAGUGAACGGCAUCCUAGCCAACAGCUUUUCGUACAUGGCGCAACCAGCCAAGUUCUACCUAGCUGAUUUGUUUCACGUCUACUUAGCAGGGUUUGGCCAAGACCAUGCUGCCUCGUGCUUGGUUUACAUGCUCGGUGUGACCUUUGAUGGGUCAUCUGUUGAUACACAGCUGGAAAGUCUGAAUGCGGCUUGGAAAUUGUGGAGGAAAUUCAACAAGGUUUCCACUCACACGUAUACUUGGACUCGAAACAUGCUUGGCUUCCCCAAUGCCACAACUUUCCCUAGCGGCACCUGGUCCAAAGCUUCCGAUACAGCAAAGAUCAUGGAGUUCAUUUUGUACAUGUGCGAUGUCUACUCUGACAAGAUAGCUGGGGAUAGAAUUCUUUACUACAUUCAAGUAGCUGGGACGGCCUUGGGAACAUGCAUGAAAGGGCUCUAUGAUGCUGAUCUCUGGAUAGAGCCUGGGCGGGUACUUCAAAGGUAUCUCGCUGGAGCUGCAGAUGUGUGGGCCCGGGAGGCUCACUAA